UCUUCCAGCACAGACCAGGGUUUGUAAAAUUCAACAUUGACAGCAUUAAGAAAACGCGCUUCAUUGCCCCCUCCCACUAUUUCGCCGAACAGCCACCAAUUAGAAGUAGGAUAGGAUAUUCCGUCAUUUGUUCACAGCUCUGCUGCACAGUAAGAGGCAACUGCUGUACAGUAAGAGGAAGUAGAAGCAGUGAAAUUCAGCAGAGGAAGGAGAACGGUGCUAGUGCUGCUCAGUCACCUCCUGAAAAUGUCGGGAAUAGUUAUCCCAUUACUCCUGUUUUUUCAUUCCGUCUGCAGCUUGCCCGAGUUUUCUUUCAAAGAAAUAAGUUAUUUCAAAGAAUGGAUGAUCAUGCACAACAAAGACUACAGCUCAGAGGAGUACACCCACAGGCUGCAAACCUUCAUCCAGAACAACAGAAGGAUUGAUGACCACAACGAAAGCAGUCGUACCUUUCGCAUGGGUCUCAACCAAUAUUCUGACAUGACCUUCAGUGAGUUUAAGACACUGUACUUGAUGAAAGUACCACAGAACUGCUCGGCUACACGAGGGAACCAUUACUCAAAACACGGCCCGUUACCCAAAUCCAUGGAUUGGAGAAAGAAAGGAAAAUUUGUCACGCCCGUAAAAAAUCAGGGUGGGUGUGGAAGCUGUUGGACCUUUUCUACUACAGGAUGUUUGGAAUCUGCAGUUGCAAUACAUUCAGGAAAACUUUUUUCACUGGCAGAACAGCAACUUGUAGACUGUGCUCAGAACUUUAACAAUCAUGGAUGCUCUGGGGGACUACCAAGUCAAGCCUUUGAAUACAUUAAGUACAACAAUGGGUUGGAAACUGAAAAGGAUUAUCCGUAUGAAGGAAAGAAUGGAUCUUGCAGGUUCCAGCCAAGCAAAGCAGUCGCAUUUGUCAAAGAUGUGGUGAACAUUACAGAGUAUGAUGAAAAUGGCAUGGUGGAUGCUGUGGCAAGAUUGAAUCCUGUCAGUUUGGCAUUUCAAGUGACUGAUGAUUUUUUAAGUUACACAAGUGGUGUUUAUUCCAACAAAAACUGCGAUUCGACUCCAGACAAAGUGAAUCAUGCUGUGUUAGCUGUGGGCUAUGGAGUAUCUAAUGGGACCAAAUACUGGAUUGUGAAGAACUCGUGGGGACCCAAGUGGGGAAUCAAUGGCUAUUUCUACAUUGAAAGAGGAAAGAACAUGUGUGGAUUGGCUGCAUGUGCAUCCUACCCCAUCCCCCAGCCCCUGAAAUGAGGAAUGAUCCAGCUGCAACAUGGAAUCUCAAAAAUGGAGUGCUGAUUACUGCUUUAGCAAAAUGCAUUUAUAUUUCCAAAUCAAUUUAGUACUAUUUACAUUUUUGUAAAAAAAAGUGAGUUUUCACACGAUUUAAGGACUCUUAUGAGUGCAAAAUAAUCUAUUGCGUCCAGAUUUCUAAAUUCUUCAUGCACUAAAAUCAGUCAAACUGGAAUCAAAUGCACAUUUAAAAAAAUGAAUCUCAACUGACAAAUGAAUAUUGAUUUUUUUCCUUAAAUCUAAAUCCUGACUGACUUGUUGAAUGAAAGAUUAAUAGCAGCAAAGAAGGGACAAUGCUACUUAGAAGUCAACAAAACAGAGUAAUCUGAUCCGGAUUCUGAUCAGGAUUUAGUAAAUAAAACCUAAGAUUUAAAAAAGUGUUGUAAAUUUGAAGCACAAUUAAGAGCUGUUUGAAAUCGACAACAAAAUCGCAACAAGCCAUGAGAGGAGAAAAAGCACUUUAAAGUUUCAGAUGUAGACCUGUUAACAGAACUGGAAAAGAGGGGUGACAUAACCCACUUCAUGAAACUUUCAAGGAGAGAAUGCCAAAGGCAUGGGAUGAGAGCACACACAAAAAUCAGUAUAACAAGUAAUAUAAGCAUUUUUAAUCAUUCCUGUAGUUCCUUUCUCUAACACCGGCAGCAACCAAACCCCAAAUAAAAAUUACCCUGCUCGCACACUUUCAACAACCAAUUAAAGAAAAUCUUAAAAAGGAAGGAACCUUUAUAAAACUAAAUCGUUAGAUUUUAAAUCAAAAAGCAAAAUAUUUCAGGUUAAAAAUCUGAAUUAAAAAUGGAAAAUGCUGGAAAUUCACAGGUCAGGGGAAAUGUACAGGAUUAAUGUUUUGGGUUGGUUAUGUUAGAACCAUCAGAAUCUUGUUACCCUUGUUGACCAGACUUUAAAUCCUCCAUUAUCCAAUGGUUGUGAGAUUCAAGUUUCAUGGUGGACUUCAUGUCGUCUCCCCAAACUAAUUUGUCAUGAAAGAGGGGUAGGAAUUUGAGUGUCCCACAAACAAAAAGCCUGUGAACAGAAACAUUAGGCAGUACAUGAAUGCCACUUUAAUCAAUUGAUAACUAAUUUGUUGUGGAUUUCAUGCAUUUUCUGUUUUUAUUUUCAAAUGCAAAAUGUGAACCACAUUUACACUGCAAAUACUCUUGCUGUGUGUGGCAAGAAAAGCAUACAUUUACAUUUGCUGUAAUUUGAUCAUAAAGCCAGUUUGCUAUUCUGUUUCAAUCGCAGCUUCCAAUCAGUCAUGCAGGAUACCUUGGGUAGAAAGGAACUGCAGAUGCUGAUUUACACCGAAGAUGACACAAAAUGCUGGAGUAUCGCAGAGGGACAGGCAGCAUCUCUGGAGAGAAGGAAUGGGUGACUUCUGAAGAAGGGUCUCAACAGGAAAAGUCACUUCACUCCAGAAAUGCUGCCUGAGUUACUCCAGCAUUUUGUGUCUAUGCAGGAUACCUUAAUGUUUGCUGUUAGUUAUAUUCAUUAGUUGAAAGAUUACAGGCUAGAAUCUUGAAUCAAAAUUGCUUUUAUUGAAAUGCUUAAGAACAAUGACCAGAGGAAUCAAUUCAACCAAUUGAGGCUUUUGAUUUAAGCUUGAUCUAUAUUAGUUCCAACUUGCUUCAAUAACACUUAAUAUCCUUCAUUAAUACAUCAAUUUAAAAUUUAUAUUUUCAAUUGACUUUUAUGCUCCACAUCUUUUAAAAAGGGUGAGUUUCUAAGACCUGCUUAACGCUUUCACAGUUAUCCUCACUCAAGCAGAGUUUUAAUUGUUAAGUAUUUUUAUGCGAAUCAUAUUUCUUUCACAGAAAUAAAGAUUGUAUCUUUUUGAGAA